CACCCCCUAUACACACACAUACACACGUACACACUCCCCAAACACAGAGCGCUCGUGUGUUUCAUUGAGGGAGUGAGUGAGUGAGUGAGUGAGGAAGGAACGGAUUCGAGAGGAAGAGUAUUUUUUGUUGCGGGGGGUGGGGGGUGUGUGUGUGUGAGAAAGUUAUCGCUCCGAUAAAUAGACGGGACUUCAGAUUGCAUUGCAAAAAUACAUUUGUGUUGCAAUUAUAUACUUGAUUGCAUUUUUUAAAAAAAAUAGAUAUAUGUAAAAAAAAACACCCAAUAAUACCCUAUUAAAUAAAGUGAGCGGUCAGUUAGGAAGGGGGGGGGGGGAAGAGGGGGGAAAAAAAAAGGAGAUGAAAGCCAUCAGCCCCGUGCGCUCGGCCAGGGGUCGCUACCAGGCGCUCUGCUGUCUGUCGGGCAUCUCCCGCAGCAAAGGGCCGGCGGAGGAGCCGCUGAGUCUACUCCGCGACAUGAACGACUGUUACUCCAAACUGCGGGAGCUGGUGCCCAGUAUCCCCCCCAACAGGGCGGUCAGUCGGGUGGAGAUCCUGCAGCACGUUAUCGAUUACAUCUUCGACCUCCAGAUCGUGUUGGACAAACCAACGGGGGCAGAGCUGCAGAGGUCCGAGUUGUCAGACGAACUGCCGUCGGGACACCUCAAGGAAUCGUCGGUGCACUGAUCGACUGGAGACGCACUCACACACACACACACACUCACUCACACUCGAUGCCCUCAGGUGUGGAUCGCAACCGCGUUGGUUAAGAGAAUGAGACACAGA